AACGACGGGUACGACAAUUACGUAGAGGAAGUGUUUUAAACCAUAUCGGCUGGGUUAAUAAGGGUUCGAUUGAUAUUCGCGGACGCUCAGUUGUUCUUGAACGAUUCGGGUGUAAACACCUACCAAGUGCCAUAUAGUGCCUGAUGGUUGUAACUGAACUGUGAUCUAUAGUUAGAAUACUUGACUGUGAAGUAAAAUGAAGGCAGUUGUGCUUGCAAAAUGUUAUCUGACCUUAAUCGUUCUAGUCAUCGGGAAUCCUUUGCAUUAUGACAAGUCAACAGUAGUGGUAAAUAAAGUGGAUUUUAUGGAUUCUAUGAUCGAUCAUAGUAGGAUUAGCAACUUGUUGGAUACCAAUAUGCCAGAACAGAAUGUAACAGAAACUGUUCCUGUGAGUAGAGCAGAAAAUGAAAUUGCAGAUAUAGGUACAGAUGAUGUGCAGCGAAACGAAUAUGAUUCCAAAAAAAGUGCUGUCGAUUGGCAAACCACGCCUGAUGUUUUAAAAACGAGUAGCAGUAAAAGACCUUUGGCUGCCAGUAUGGACAACCUUACAGGAGAUACUGAGAAUCAGUUAUCUAAUAAUGCAUCAUUAUACAGUACAGAAAAACCAAUAAUCACUUUCGAGGCUAGCAGUACUACGCAGAGUGUUGAAACUACUACUACAAAUACGAAAAAUUCUUCGGUUGUUGAACUUUCAUCAAGCACUAGAGAACCUCUUACAAGCGAAGCGGUGACUAUUGCCAACAAAGAUAACGCUGGUACGGGAAGUUCUACAACCGUUGAAGACUCAUCGAGCACUGAUGGAACCUUAGUUAAUGCCGCAGAAUCAACCACAACUGAAACAGGAAUAUCGAUUACUACUGAACUUAUUACUACCACAGACGCUCAAUCAUCCAGUGGCAGUUCUUCGACCGUUGAGCACUCGUCUACUGCCACUGAAGAUCAUAUUAAUACAGAAAAUUCUUCAAACUCGUUAAGCACUGAUGAAACCACAGCCAGUAUUACAGCAUCAAUAACAACGGAAACUGUGAUUACGACUACUACUGAGCUUCUAACUACCACGGAAGAUUACACAACAACAGAAAGCACUUUAAUCAUUGAAAAUACAUCGAGCACCAAAAAACCUACAACAACUGAAGUAGAGACCACAGGAGAUAAUACGGGUACAGAAAGUUCUUCAACCGUUGAACAAUCAUCCAGCACUGACGGAACCUCAAGCAGUACCAUAGAAUCUACAACAACUGAAACUGGCGUGACGACUACUACGGAAGUUCAAGCAACUACAGGAAGUUCUUCGUCUGUUGAAAGUUCAUCAAGCACCGCAGAGUUAACAACAAACGAAGUAGUGACUAGUUCUACUGGUACAGAAACUUCGUCAACUGUUGAUCUUUCGUCGAGCACAGAAGAAACCACAAUAAACCCAGCAGAACCAACAACCGAAGGGGUGAUAACAUCCACUACUGACCUAAUUACUACCACGGAAGCUCAAGCAACUACUAGUAGUUCUUCAACCGUUGAACAAUCGUCCAGCUCUGAUGGAACCUCAAGCAGUACUGUAGAAUCAACAACAACAGAAAUUGGCGUAACGACUACUACGGAAGUUCAAGCAACUACAGGAAGUUCUUUGUCUGUUGAAAGUACAUCAAGCACCGCAGAGUCAACAACAAUCGAACCAGUAACUACCUCUACUGGCACAGAAGCUUCGUCAACUGUUGAUCAUUUGUCAAGCACAGAAGAAACCACCGUAAGCCCAGCAGAACCAACAACCGAAGUGGUAAUAACAUCCACUACUGAUCUAAUUACUACCACGGAAGCUCAAGCAACUACUACUAGUUCUUCAACCGUUGAACAAUCGUCCAGUUCUGAUGGAACGUCAAGCAGUACUGUAGAAUCAACAACAACUGAAACUGCCAUAACGACUACUACGGUACCCAUAACUACCACGGAAGUUCAAGCAACUACGGGAAGCUCUUCGACUGUUGAAAGCUCACCAAGCACUACCGAAUCAACAACAAACGAAGCAGUAACCAGUUCUACUGCUACAGAAGCUACCACAGAAGCUCAAGCAACCACUAGUAGUUCUUCGACCGUUGAACUUUCGUCGAGCACUGAUGGAACCUCAAGCAGUACCGUUGAAUCAACAACACCGGAAACUGGCAUAACGACUACUAUCACAUCCAUAACUAGCGAGUCGACAACAAACGAAGCAGUGACUACUCCUACUGGAACAGAAAUUUCAUCAACUGUUGAUCAUUCGUCAAGCACAGAAGAAACCACAGUAAGCACCAUAGAGCCAACAACAACCCAAGUGGUGAUAACAACCACUACUGGUCUGAUUACUACCACGGCAGCUCAAGCCACCACUGAUAGUUCUUCAACUGUUGAACAUUCGUCCAGCACUGAUGUAACUUCAAGCAGUCCUGUAGAAUCAACAACAACUGUAACUGCCAUAACGACUACUCCGGCACCCAUAACUACUACAGAAAUUCUAACAACUACGGGAAGUUCGACUGUUGAAAGUUCGUCAAGCACCCCAGAGUCAACAACAACUGGUGCGGCGUCGACGGCUACCACAGCAGGAUAUACAACUACGGAAAUGUCUACAACUGCUACAGAAGAACCGACCACUACAACCUCUCCUGAAGUUACUACCAACAAACCUCCCACCACUACCUCCGUUGGCUCUACAAGCACUCAAACCAUUCCGAGUACAACAACUGAAAGUUCAACUGCAACUGUUACUGUGGCAAGUGUUAUCAGUGUGCUACUCGGUUCACUGCUUGUUUCGUUUCGGAUUACAGGUUAAUGCUGGCAGCAAGUGUACACGGUUCAGCGGAAAAUCUAGUUAAAAUAAUCAGAAAUAUAUGAAAACAACUUGUAUAUAGGAUGAAACUAUUCAAAAUUCUCUUAAAGUGCAAAAACUCAAGAAAAAAAUUGUAUUUUUUUUUUAAUUUAUUGCAGAAACUAAACUGUCUUUUCUUAGCUAACGAUAAGCAACUUCUUAAAUAAAAAUGAUUAAAAAUCUGGGUGUGGUGAUUUACAAGGAUUUUUGAUAGUUUCAGCAGUGUAGUGUAGUUAGUACGUUCACCGUGUGACCUAGUGCUCAUUACUGUUCUCCAAGCAAUCAACAAUGUUUCUUUAUCUGAAGAAUAUUUUGUUAACUGUUAUUUCUAAAGAACCCUAUUGUAGAUCAGUAAUUUACUAGUAGUGCAAUACCUGUGUAGUAAUAAAAAUGAUGCCAGUUAUAUUAAACAAUAAACUCUGAUAAGAACCAAUUCUGACUCGACUGCUCAUAGUUGUACCGGAACAGUUGCGGUGAAAUAAUGGGUACUUGAAGAACGAUGAUUGCGAAUGCGGUGUUGAACACGUUGUACUUUAUUAGUUUAGGUGGUUUAAUGACCUCAUAUAACUACUACUUAUUUUGGUUUGCCUCCUUCUGGUAUGAAGUUUGUGAAAAACCUCUUUCGAUGUUGUUGGUUGUUUGCUAUUUGGAAUGCUGAACGAUAAGCGGAUUGCUUGCAAUAAAUAUUUCAUCAUUAGACCUUUACUGUUUUCUGUAAAAAUCGUAGUGAAUUAAAUCAAAUAACGUUUUGUACUUGCUUGGUCCACCACAAUAUAUCUAACUAUUGGUAGCAGUGGUCAUAAGGUACUUGCUUGUACAUUAUGCAAUGUUAUUUCGAGAAAAAAGACAAGUUAGUCAGCUGUUAAUUAUCCUACUAGUAACAGUAAGGAUGGGAAAGGUAUCAGUAUUUACUUAUAGGUACCAGCCGAGAGAAAGGAGACAACGGGAUUUGUUCACGACCAGACAAAUGUCAGCGAGAGCCUGUCAAGAAAUUUCGAUAACUGUAAUGAAAUAAACCUGAAAUAAUUUCUUUUGAAGGAAUGUUUGAAUAUAUCGUUCUGAACAAAAUGAACAACUUGCCGAAUGAAGCAAUGAACCCAAUAGUAUUUGUUACAUAGAAAUAAGAAUGUUCUGUUUGUUUCUUAUAGCACUACGUAAUUUUUAUGGAGAGUACCUAGAUGGUGGCGUUACGUUACAAAGCGGAGAGAGGAGGUAAAAAAAUUGUAAUUUAGCGUUUGUUAUAAUAGAUGUCGCCUAAGAGGAGUAUCAUAGUUGUUGCACAUUCUAACGGAUGUUUUUUACAAGAUAGUUUGAAAAAUACAUCUAAAAAGUUAGUUAUUGAUUAUGUUGAUAGUUAUCCGUAACGAUUCAAGCGAUAGUUUCUAUCACUGCGGCUGGUAAUGAAAAAUAGUAUUCUUAGCUGCAUUGGUACAACUUAUAUUGUAUUUAUGUACAUAGAAAUCUAAAAAUAUACUCGUCAUACGAAA